AUGCAACACUGGAGUUUAACCGCAAUGGCAGGGUCGCUUGGCGUAGUUUUAUUGUACCCGGCUGACCUAAUCAAAACUCGUCUCAUGAACCAACGAGUUAUGCUUCAUGGCAGUACAACUAGACGACUUUAUCCAUCUGUGCUCGCAUGCGCUCAACAUUCCAUUCGAAAAGAGGGGUUUUUAGGCUUGUACCGUGGAUUGCUUCCUCCUCUAGUGGGCGUAGCACCGGAGAAAGCCAUCAAGCUUUAUGUCAACGACUUACUGCGACAGGCGUUUGUGACGCACGACGACGAAACUGGCAAGCCCGAAUUGAGCCUUCCAUUUGAAGUGCUAGCCGGAGCAUGUGCCGGUGCAUGCCAGCUGCUAGUGACGAAUCCGAUGGAGAUUUCCAAGAUUCGUCUUCAACUGCAAGGCGAAACGGCGAGCCUCUUGCGAGCCAAAGGUCUGACGCCCCCUAAUCCCCAGACAUUUACCAGCGUUCUUCACGAUCUCGGAUUUCCUGGAGUAUAUCGUGGUGCCUCUGCCUGUUUGCUUAGAGAUAUCCCGUUCAGUGCCAUUUACUUUCCAAUCUAUUCGUUCCUCAAGGAGGCAAUGGUUGCUCGGAAUGACUCUGGACAAGCGACUCCUAUCGACUUGCUCUUGGCUGGCACUGUCGCUGGAGUGCCAGCAGCCUGGCUUACGACACCCGCUGAUGUUAUCAAAACGCGGAUUCAAAGCAUUCCGCGACCCGGCGAAGGAUCGUAUGCUGGUAUUCGAGACUGCGCCACCAAACUUUAUCACGAUGAGGGCUUGCCUGCCUUGUUUCGCGGCGCUUCGAUGCGGGUGCUACGCCUAGCGCCGCAGUUUGGUAUUUCACUUUUGGCUUACGAACAACUCGCUAAACUG